AGAUUAUUACAUUUCAUAGAAAAAACUAUACAUACAUAUAUGAUUUCGCAAUAUAAAACUUAAGAUUAAUUUAAAAGCACUGUAAUACACGCUUUUAUAAAAAACAAACUCAAUUCCAAAACAAAAAUAAAAUGAACUCGCCAAGAAAGAAAGCUAGCAGUGAGUAGGAUAAAUGCUUAAACAAUAAAAAGAAUAAGCUAAAAAUUUGUUUCUUAAUUUUUGUAGGUCUUAUCAUACUUUCUUUAAUUUAUGGAGUGUAUUCUCUUCUAAAUUUAUUGUUGCCAGGGGUUAUAUCAAUGCUUGUGAUUCUGUUGCUUUUUUUUUAUGCUUUGAAAGUUUUAAUUCGAAUAAUGCUAUUUCCUGGAUCUGUGAAGCUUAUGCAAAGAUCAACUGAAUAUAAUUACAUGAUUAAUAGAGCUAAAAUAAUGCAUUCAAAAAUCUAGCUUGUUUUAAGUAUAAUUGAAAGCAUAGAGUCUUAAAACAUUUUCUUGCUUAUGGAUUAUAGCGGAAAUGACUUAUAAUCUGUAUAUGAUCGCGUUACUACCAUGAUAAAAUCAUAUUAAAAACUAGAAGAAAAGAAAAUAAUAAGUAGUUAUUAAGCAGAUUUUUAUGAAGCUUUGAAAAAACUUCAAGAAUAAUGCUAAAAGACUAUAAUUACUACUGACUGUACAAAUUUCACGUUUUGGGAUUUGAUAAGUAAUAAUGAUCAUCUAACAAAUAUUAAAAAUUAGGGGUAUGUUGUACACUUCUAAAGUAAAUCACAGGUUAGCGAUCUAAAAACCAUAGUUAUGGAAACUAUUGAAAAAUUUGAUUCAAUUAUCUUCAGUGACAAAUUAAGUUUUAAAUAGAAGUGGAACAAAUGGUUUAAAAAUGACUCUUUUGGAUCUCUAGAUUAUUAUAAAGCAGAAUUACAAACUACUUAUAAGACAAAAGAAAUUAUCAUAAACACUAAAGAUAACUCUAAGCUUGAUUGUUUACUCAUAUACGGUGAUAAGUAAACAAACGAAAAUAAUGAAACACAGUAAAAAUAGCCUGAAGAUUUUCUUUUUCUUUAAGAAGGCACACCAACUAUAAUAUUCUCAAAUCCUAAUGCAGGCUUUUACGAAUUUUCCAAAUAUUCUAAUGAGUGGGUAGAUUUUUACUUCAAAAAAGGAAUAAAUACACUUGUAUGGAAUUAUAGAGGAUACGGAAAAUCUUAGGGAACACCUUCUCCAGCUGCCGCUUUUAGUGAUGCUGAAAAAAUUGUUGAUUACUUGAGAGAACAUGAAAAGGUAGGAUUAUUAGGAUCUCAUGGAUAAAGUCUUGGAGGUAUGGUGGCAUGUCAUAUUGCAGCUAAAAAAAAUUUGGACUUUCUCUGUGCAGAUAGAACUUUUUCUUGUGUAUCUGACAUUGCUUAUUACUCAAUGCCCUCAUUUUUCAAGCAAAUUGUCAGAUUGUUGACAAGUUAUGAUGUUUGGUCACCAAUCAAUUAUUAUAAAGCAAACUGCUACAAAAUACUUGCUUAUGAUCCAAAAGAUAAUAUAAUCAUUUACAUGUCAUCUUUAAAGAACGGAGUGUCAAAGCAAAUUGCACAAAGCAUGUUUUUAAAGAAUUUUUAAAACUAGCUGUACCACUAAGAGUAAAAUGAAAGUCUCCUUAAAAAUACUAAAGGUUACUGUAUGAAAACUUGGAAUGAUGACACUACUGUCUCAUAGGUUACUAGUAUAUGGUUGAAUGAAAAAGAUUAAAAAGAUUUAUAUGGAGCAUUCUCUAGAGUGACUAAAGCAAUCAAAAUCGUUUUGGAUAAAAAGAGCAUUCAAUCAAGCUAAGAUAGCAAUAAUUCAAAAUAAAAUCAAAAAUCAAAAACACAGAAUUAAAAUACUCCAUAUAAAACAAGAAAUAAUAUAGGAUUUAUGCAAAAAUAAUCUCAAAGCGACCUGAAUAGUACUCUUGAUUAUAGCAACAUUUUGAAUGGUAGUUUGCUUGUUGAUAAUAUAAAAGAUGAAGAGAAUAAAUCUUCACUUUCCAACUCUAAAUAGAACCAAUCUCUACAUAUUUCUAAUUCAGAGUAUAACUGCUAUCCAUCUAAUAUGGAACAACGAGAUAUCUGUGAGCUCUAAGAUUUAGAGAGUCAAAAUAAAGGAAUUCAACCAUCCUCACCAAAAAACAAUAAUAACGAUAUUUCUUUAAGCCAACAACCAUCUUGCAAAAAAUAAAUUAUUCCUUUUGACGAAGCUAGCAAUUCUGGUUACAUAAAUCUGAUUACAAAUGAGCAUAAAUAGAAUAAAGAAUUUUCUAAAUUAAUGAAGAGUAUAUUUACAAUUUUAGAUUCAUUUGACGCCGGAGGUCUUUCAUUGCUUGAUGUUUUUUACCUAUACACAAAUAAAUAUUCAUUCUAAAUAUUCCAACUUUUUAUACUAAAUCUUAAUAUAUGGGGUUCUUAUCUUCCAUUGACUUAGAUCAUUAGGAAAAACAUGAUUGGGAUAUUACCUAAAAAAUAUGCAAUUGCGAAAGUGAAAGAAAUGAUAAGAAAAUUAGAAACCCUUUCUAAAAAUCAUUAAGAAAUACAAGGAAUUAAUGAAGAAAUUUAAUCUAAUAUAAUAGCUGAUUUAAACACAAUAGUUGCAAAAUUAAAAAUACUCAAAGAAAAGUUACAAUAAAAUUAGAUUGCAUAAAGUAACGAUAAACUCUUAGAAGCUAUAAAUUAAAAUAAAGAUAUUUAAAUUAUGAAUGAUGGUGAUAGUAGUAAGUCUUAAGAGCCAAGCACAAGCUCAAAUCCCUACUCUUUAAGUAGUGGAUAAAACACUCCUAAAAAAGUUAAGUAAGACAAUGAAGGAGAAUCUAAAAUUUAUUAAAACUUAAAAGAAGAAUCAUAACCAUCAUAGUUAAUAGAACAUUCUGAUAUAAACAAAAUUAUUGGUAACUUACUACCACUUUAAUGUGGUCAUAAUGGAUUCUACUCUAAUUUUGAAGUCUAGUUAUUUGAGUUCCAUUUAAAAAAUGCAGGGUUUUUAAAAAACUGAAAUUAAAUAGAAAUCUAAUUUUUGUAAAUUUAUUUAUUUAAAUGUAAUAUUUAAAAAUAUUAUAUCUUUAUUGUGCUUUUAUAACCAUCAAAAACUCCAUCACCUAAAA